AUGGCAUCACUCACAACGUGGCUUUCCCCCCGCUGGCGAUGGUGUCUGUGCAUUGCCCCCGCCUGUCUGCUUCUGCUGUUUCUGUACCUCUCGUCCCAACCUUCCACGCCAGGCACCUUGGCCGUUCCAGUGUCAGACUCGCCAGAUCCUCAACCAGCCGCAAACUCUUCACAAUCCCUUCUGAGUCCCGUCGGUGCCGGAAACUCAACGUUAGGUUUCGAAGCCAUCCUCGCUCUCUCCCCCUAUUCCUCUUGGCGAACACGAGGACUCCAGGCAGCCGCCAACGCCACCGGACUUGAUAUCCAAAUCCCUCCGCAGCCUCCCAUCCAUGCCGAUAUAGUCACUGCUUUCACCGGCCUGGGAAGCGAAGACAGAGCUCACCCCAAUCCAGGUUCCGCCCAGGCCUGGAUAGCACAUCUCAAUCUCAUCGAACACAUCAUCCAGUCUGAUCUGGAAUCGGCUCUAGUUAUUGAGGAUGACGUCGACUGGGACGUCUCCAUCCGCGAACAAAUGGUUGGCGUUGCGCAGGCCGUCCGCCAACUGACCAAGGCCCCCGAGGCCGACGCCGAAAUCGUGCCGUACGGCCGGUCUUGGGAUGUCCUCUGGCUCGGCUCCUGCAAUGAGGCCUGGAACCCAGACGUCGAGUCGGUCUAUAUCAACGAUCCCACCGUGUGUCCUGCUGAGUCGUACGCUGGCAACGUCCAGGGCAUCAGUUCCUUACCCAAGGGCCAGCGCGUUGCAUUUCAUUCCCGUAUGCCCAUCUGCUCCUUUGCCUAUGCACUGAGCCGACAGGGGGCAAGAAAUGUACUGCUGGAUAUUGGCGCGGGAAAUGAUGAAGCCUUUGAUAUCGCCUUGAUGAACGGCUGCCGGGAGCGAGGCCUGAACUGCAUCACGAUCUUCCCGGAGUUAUUCCACCACUAUGUACCUUCGGAGAAGCUCGGCGGUACGAGCCUUGUCAAUUCGCAGGACAAGGACGGUAACAAGGUAGAAAUCGAGGUUGAAAUGGGACAAACGGAGAAUAUAAUGGAGAGCGCACGGUGUAAAGCCUUAUGGGGGAAGCCGUGCCUCCCCCAAAAACCCACAGAAGAUGUACAAAGUAUAUAA